UCAAAUAAAAACACUCUCACAUCUCACCACACUCUGCACACACUCUCACAUCUUCUCUCAUUUUCUUUUCAUUUGUGUGUGUUGCUGCGUUAGGCUAUAGCCUAUUUACAGUUUUCGUGUAAAACGAUGGGAGAGGUAGAAGAAGUGCAAGAACUAGAUGACAAUCACCAACAAAACGGACAGGGGAAAGGCCUUAUUAAAAAAGAAAAAGAUUCAUUCGAUAUGGAGGCUGGUGGAAGCAAUAGCUCUUAUAGAAAUCGUCAGGUAGCAGAUUGGACAACUGUCUUGAAGCUUGCAUUCCAAUGCAUCGGAAUAGUUUAUGGCGAUUUGGGUACUUCUCCAUUGUAUGUGUUACCUGGAAUUUUCCAGGAUGGGAUAAAGCACAGUGAUGAUCUUCUUGGUGUUUUAUCUUUGAUCGUUUACUCCAUUGUUACUAUCAGCUUGAUUAAGUAUGUGUUCAUCGUUUUAUCUGCAAACGACAAUGGGGAUGGAGGGACCUUCGCGCUGUAUUCUUUGAUAUGCAGACAUGCGAGAGUGAGUUUGAUACCAACUCAGCAGGCGGAGGAUAAAGAAGUUUCCACUUACAAGUUCGAUUUACCAAAUCGGCGCAGUGUAAAAAUGGCUUCAUAUGCAAAAUCAUGGCUAGAAAAUAGGAAUGUAAUGAAGUAUGUUCUUUUGUUGACAACAAUAAUUGGUGUGUCGAUGCUCCUUGGAGAUGGCAUUCUUACACCUUGCAUAUCUGUACUAUCGGCAGUGGGAGGUCUUAAAGUCGCUAUACCUAGCCUUACAGACGAUGCAAUAAUGUGGAUUUCAGUGGUGAUUUUGAGCCUUACAGAAGAUACAAUAAUGUGGAUUUCAGUGGUGAUUUUGAUUUUCUUAUUCCAAAUUCAAAGAUUUGGAACACAUAAAGUUGGGUAUAGUUUCGCUCCAAUUCUUGUACUAUGGUUUCUUCUGAUUGGAAUUAUUGGGAUUUACAACUUCUUGAAGUACGAUCCUAGUGUAAUCAAAGCUCUUAAUCCAUGGUGUAUUAUACAGUAUUUUCAAAGGAAUAAAAAAGAAGCCUGGAUUUCUCUUGGAGGUGUCGUUUUGUGCCUUACAGGUUCAGAAGCAUUGUUUGCUGAUUUGGGCCAUUUCGAUUUGGGCCAUUUCAAUAUUCGCUCAAUACAAUUAAGCAGUAGUGUUGUGCUGGUUCCCUCCGUAUUGCUUGCUUAUUUUGGCCAAUGUUCCUAUCUUCGCAAACAUAAUGCUGAUUUUGCCUCCGCCUUUUAUAGCUCAAUUCCAAAAGCAUUGUAUUGGCCACAGUUUGUUCUAGCUAUAUUGGCGGCCAUUAUUGCUAGUCAAUCAUUAAUCUCAGCUUCCUUCUCCAUUGUCCAACAAUCUCUAGCACUUGGUUGUUUCCCUCGAGUCAAGACAAGAUUCUUCCACUGUGAUACGGAGCAAGGGAGCAAGGUGAAGGAUCCUCUAGCUCUACCCGUGGGACCAAUCACAAGAGCUCGUGCAACCAAGCUACGAGCAGCCUUGAAUGCAUUUACUCAAGAAACAAAAACACAUUGGAGCUUCAAGAAUCAAUAA